UCUAAAUCUUGCUAAAUUGUGGCUGGAGAUACUCCUAGACAAGCUAUUAUAGUGAUAAUAAUGUAAAAUUGAGUGCAUUAAUGCAACUGAAGUUUAGGAGUGCUACCAACGACUGUUUCAUGGUUGGCAUGUCUUGUGUCCUGACUACAUAUAGGCCACUCCUGCAUGUUUCAUUAGAAGACCAUGUUCCUCCAUUGAGUUAUUGCACUGUCAGCAAAAUCUAGGCACACGUACAUGUAUGUAUUUGAAUGGGAGGAGGCCUCAAAAAGUUUAAGUGUUGUGCGUGUGUGGAGCAAAAACGGUCGAAUUUUGACAGAUUCUUGAAGUCCGAAAUAUCACUGAAGCCACAACAGUUGGCCUUUGGCUUUUAUUAGGAAGCAAGUAAGCCUACAUGUAUUUCCAGCACUGUACGGUUUGUAUCCGGUUCAAAAGUGUGACGUCACUCCAGUUUAAACCACACGCACUGCUCAUGAACUGCACAUAGAGUUACAGUAUUGAUUGUCGUUUACUAGAACCAUGGAACCGGAAUUAUCUCUAGCAGCGUAGCGAUCUGCAGCCAUCUUGCCUUCUCAUGGAGCUUGGACUGUACCAUUUAGGUGUGGGUAUGCAGGUAAUGCCAUAAACAACAGAGGGUACAAACCGGCAGCUAAAGAUGGUUUGUGCAUUGCUUGGAUCAUGUUAGAUUUCGCCGAGUUGUAACUCGACUGCCAUGGCGGCCUUUGCUAUCGAACCGUUGUCGCGGGAGUUAGAGUGUGGCGUCUGCAUGGAGAUUCUUCGGGAUCCCAGGAUACUGGACUGCUCACACACAUUCUGUGCGCUGUGCAUUCGCAGAUUGGUCGAGUCAAACAAGAAGUUCAUCAAAUGUCCCCUGUGUCAGCAGCACACGGCCGUACCGUCUGCAGGGAUUGCCGCCCUCAAGCCUAACAUCCUUGCACGAGGCAUGGCCGACGCUGUGGCCAGCCUGAAUCCCAAUAGUGUCGAGGUAGGACAAGAAGCCAUCGAGCCUUCGCCUUUGCCCCCGCCCAAAACGGUGCGGCCACCGGGCACAGCCUGCCUAGCCCAUCCAGGCCAGGCGCUUCUGCUCUAUUGCGUGGAGUGCAAGCUCCCGGUGUGUCGGCAGUGCACCGUCGUCGGCCACAAUCCUCCGAAGCACACCGUAUCCGACAUUGACAAUGUCGCCGGCGGGCCCAGAGCGCGAAUCAGGGAACUGGUGGGCCUGUUCGAGAGAGAACGAGAGAAGUACGAACAAACCAUGCAGGUCGUGGAAGAGAGAGGGGUGGACAUCUCUGUUGCGGUCACGAGGGCGAGGGAAAACAUCGAGAAAGCUACAGAGGCGAUGAUCGCUGACGUGCGUAAAAAGCAGCAACAGCUCUUGUUUCAAGUGGAGUUUAUCGCCGGCAAUAGGCAGGCAGAAAUCAAGAGGCUCCUGGCGGAGAUGCAGGGAGUCCUGGACGAAGUCAGAGACGUCGUGCCAAAAAUAAUGGGCGAUAUUGAGGAUAAAGACGACGCGACUAUCUUGGCGUUGCACCGGAAGAUUAAAGCCGGUCAGGAUCGAUUGCAAUAUCACCCACUGCCGAGCAUCGAAGUGAUCGAUAACCUUGGGUUCUUGAAGUUUAGCCCGGAGAAGACCCCCGCAUUCAACUUGCAUUUGGGAGAUCUAUUGGAGGACGAGCAGUGGUGCCUGGACUUAAAAUUCGGCAAGUUUGGCUCGCGUGUCGGCGAGUUCAACUGCGCACGUGGUGUCGCUCUGAGCCCCGACGGGGACAUGGCCAUCGCAGAGCAGCGGAACAACCGGACCACCGUAUACAACACCGACGGCACAUACAAGCUCAGCAUGACUGGCAAGGCAAGCGGAAAGCCCGAACGCGGGGACCGCGACGUGGCGUUCCUCCCAGACGGGAGAUGCCUCAUUGUCGGCAAAACUAGCAACGUUGACGUGUACGACCGGAACGGCGGCUACCUCAACUACAUCCUCACGCCGGCCAAGAACCCCUGGAGCCUAGCUGUGGACGCCGGGGGUACCGUUUACCUAGGUGACGUACAGGAAAAGUUGAUCUACAUCAUUGUUGACUGUCAGGUCGUGAGAAGUUUCAAUGUGGCCAACCAGCCGGUAUAUCUCGCAGUGGAUAACAAUGGCCGCAUCAUGGUUUCCAAUCACUCUUCCAAGCGGGUGGACAUCUUGAGCGUAGCCACCGGUGACACUCUGUUCUCCAUUGCUUCCAAGAGCAUCGACCCUUCCAACAUGGUCUCUCCUUGGGGAGGCUGCUUCGGGCCCGACGGUUCCCUCUUCAUUCCGUUCUACAUCAGUGACCCCAAGGCUUCCGAGCGCCAUGGUCAGGUGCAUGAAUUCGGGCCUGGCGGCAGGCACCUAGGUUGCGUGGUCAGGGGUUUGAACUACCCGAGGGAGGUGGACUUCACGCGGGACGGGAGGCUGAUUGUCGUCGAGGGAUCUGUAGUGAAGCUGUAUCGUAAGGUAUAAAUUGUGCCUCGCUAUGGUCUACUGUGUCACGUGGCCGUUAAUUAAGUGUGCAUGCGUUAGCAUCUACAAAACAAAGCUAAUGACAAGAUAAUUUGACAAAGCUGAGAAAAGCCAAAAGCUGAUGUUUUCUCCCAUGAACCAUAGUCUGCGAUUUUUUUGAAGGCAUGAAUUCAAAUUUGACAUAUCAGUUUUUGAAAUUGAAACUCAGCCCCCCAAACUCAAUGUGGUCUUAAUAACAUUGUCUGUUAUCUCUAAUAUUGAUGCAUCCAAUGAACCACCGCUGCUUUUGUUAUUUGUUUGUUAGGGUUUUUGAUUGUGCUUUAUGUGUGUGGGUGAGUUUGUUUCUGCAUUCAACUGGGGACCCUGAACAAUA